AUGAACCUAGAUGCGCGGGCAGGAACACCACACACGCGUCGGAAAAAGGACCGCCACGCCUAUCAUCAGUUUGAUGCUCCAGGCGCAGGAGCACAGGGAAGCUAUGGAGCCGGCACGAGUGGGCAAUUCGGGACUGAGAACAAUGCACAAACAUCAGUCCCUGGUCAAGAGGCACCAUGGCAGCAAGGCAGCCAGCCGUGGCAAUCACAAAAGCUACCAUCGCAAUCAAGCGCUGCUCAAACAUCGCAUGCGCCUGCAGGCACCCCCAUAAAUCUCGGCGGCGGUGGCGGACAAUCUCAUGGGGCACCGCCAGGUGCUGGUGGAAACAAAGUCAAUCCAGCCUUGAUACCCAGUGUUCCCGCGAGUCGCGAUGUCCCUGCAGAAUUCUACAAGACCAAGGUGUACCCGACGAUGGAACAGCGUAUUCCACCGCCUGCGUCUGUAGCUUUUGUUGCUUAUGAUCAGGGCAAUGCUUCACCAAAACACGCACGCCUCACCCUCAAUUGCAUCCCGAGCACGCAAGAGCAGCUCAACACCACCGCCAUCCCGUUGGGUCUAAUUGUGCAACCAUUGGGCAAGCAGACCGACGGAGAAGCAGCCAUUCCAGUACUCGAUUUCGGCGAAGCUGGGCCGCCACGAUGUCGCCGAUGUCGAGCAUACGUCAAUCCUUUCAUGACCUUCAGCAACGGCGGCAAUCGGAUGACCUGCAACCUUUGCGGACAUCCUAACGAGGUGGCGGCCGAAUACUUCUCUCCAACAGACCCGUCGGGUGUGCGCGUCGACCGACAAGACCGCCCAGAAUUGCUUUUUGGGUCAUGCGAGUUCCUGGUCCCGAAAGAGUAUUGGUCAAAAGAGCCGGUGGGAUUGAGAUAUUUGUUUCUGCUCGAUGUCAGCGCCGAGAGCUGUACUCGGGGGUUCUUGAGAGCUAUGUGUGACGGUUUGAUAGCAGCGUUGUAUGGAGACGAUGUGGACGACACACCUCAAGAGGGUGAUGACAACGAGGCCAUCCCAGCACCAACCAAAGUUCCGGCGGGCGCAAAGGUGGGCUUCAUGACUUUCGAUCGUGAAGUCCAUUCCUACAACGUCAACGCUGCACUGUCGGCUCCUCAGCAGCUUGUCAUGUCAGAUCUAGAAGAGCCAUUCGCCACAAUCUCGCCACAGCAUCUCUUCGUUGAUCCCGCGGAAUGCAAGACCAAUAUUCUCUCUUUAUUACAGCGGCUUCCAGGCAUGUUCGAGCAGAUUCGGCAUGCGGAGCCCGCGCUUUUCCCGUCGCUCACCGCAGCGCUCUCUACGCUAUCAGAAUCGGGUGGCAAGAUUAUCUGCAGUCUCAGUAGUCUGCCUACAUUUGGACCCGGACGAUUGACUGUGCGUGACAAGGGCAUGCAGACGGCAACCAAUGAUCACCCAGAGCAAGAGAAGGUUCUUUUACGAACCGAGAACCAAAGCUUCCGAAAAUUACACGCAGACAUGAUCAAAGCUGGCGUAGGCGUCGAUUUUUUCUUGAACGCGCCGUCGGGCGGUUAUCUCGAUAUCGCAACCAUCGGGCUUGUUGCUGAAAAGACUGGUGGCGACACAUACUAUUAUCCAAACUGGACGUACCCGCGCGACACAUUGAAACUCAAGAAUGAGCUCAGCCAUGCCGUACAGAGAGAGCAAGGUUAUGCCGCGUUGAUGAAAGUGCGAUGUAGCAAUGGCUUGCAAAUUUCACAUUACAGCGGUAACUUCACUCAACACACAUUUGGCGCGGAUCUCGAGAUGGGCACCUUCACGGAAGAUACAGCUAUCGGCAUCACGUUCAGCUAUGAUACAAAGCUUGACUCAAGAGUCGACGCCUACUUCCAAUCCGCGCUUCUCUACACAACAGCUUCUGGUCAACGAAGAGUACGAUGCACAAACGCCGUCGCGUCAAUCACCGAGCAAGCACGCGAAUGUAUGCGCUAUGUCGAUCAGGAUGCAGUAUUGGCGGUCAUCGCGAAGGAGGCUGCCAUGCGAGUUCCUGAAAGAUCGCUCCACGACACCCGUCAACAUGUCCAGGACAAAGCUACUGAUAUUCUUGCCGCGUAUCGGAAGCACCACUCUGGUGGGCAUCCAAGCACACAGCUUGUCAUGCCCGAGAACUUGAAGGAAUUCGCCAUGUAUAUUCUCGGUCUACUCAAAUCGCGGGCAUUGAAGGGUGGCCGCGAACCAAGCGACCGCCGAAGCCACGAACUCCGACUACUCAAAGGCAUUAGCCCGGCCAAUCUGAGCCUCUAUCUUUACCCUCGCAUCACCGCGCUACACAACUUAGAUCCAAACGAAGGGUUCGCCGAUGAAAAUGGCUACCUGAAGAUGCCGCAAGGCGUACGCGCAAGCUUCGCCACCAUCGAAGAAGGGGGCGCAUACCUUGUGGACAACGGACAGCAAUGUCUCUUGUGGAUGCACCAGCAAGUCUCGCCCAAUCUCAUUGAGGAUCUAUUCGGACCCUCGGCAGCCUCACUGGAGUCGCUGGACGCCAAUCUCAAUACACUACCCGUACUGGAAACGUUACUCAACGCGCAAGUCCGCAACAUCCUCCUUGCGAUGGAGUCGACGCGGAGCUUCGCGAUCAGUCUGCAGCUGGCUCGCCAGGGCUUCGAUGGCGCCGAGUACGAAUUUGCGCGACUACUCUAUGAAGAUUCGAACAAUGAUAAACCUUCGUAUGUGGAUUGGCUCGUGCUGCUGCACCGCGGGGUCUCUGCAGAGUUGAGCGGUCAAGGUCGGAAUAAAGGCAGUAGUGCUGGUGGCACUGAUGUGGCUGGCGUCGUGACCGGUGCGAUGCAGAGAGUCACCGGUGGAGGCGCAUUAUGGGGAUGA